CGGGUCUCGGUGUAACCACGCCCAAUCAGCUGUUUCCUCAAGUCCAGCUGAAGCUCACGGGGAAACUUUUUUUCUCGCUCCUGUCCGGUUUCAGUGAGCCGAUGAUAGACGCCGCCGCCGUCCCGUGUUUGUUUAUCAUUUCUUUACGGUGUUAAUCCAGCAACAAGUGUCAGCAUGUCCUUGGCGGAUCAGCAGUGGUGUCCCACAAGCGUCCAGGUAACGGUACUCCAAGCCAGAGGCCUCAGGAUAAAGGGGAAAAGCGGCACUAACGAUGCGUACGCGGUCAUGCAAGUGGCCAAGGAAAAGUACCAGACCUCGGUGGUGGAGAAGAGCGUGGCUCCGGUGUGGAAGGAGGAGGCCACCUUCGACCUGCCACCCGGCGGAGGGGAGCGCAGCACCCUGCACGUCCACGUCCUGCACCGAGCUCUGGUGGGUCCAGACAAGCUGCUGGGACAGGCUGUCAUAAACCUGCUUCAGCUCAGUGAGGACAAAACCCGCAACAAGACCGAAUGGUUUAAGCUGCUGGACAAGACCGGCAAGUCGGACAAAGACAGAGGAGAGGUGCUUGUGGACAUCCAGUUCAUGAGAAACAACAUGACAGCCAGCAUGUUCGACCUCUCUGCUGCCGGCAAAUCCCGAUCUCGCCUGGGCAAGUUCAAGGACAAAGUUCGUGGCAAGAAAAAGGAAUCGGAUGCUGCGUCUUCCACGGUGCCGUCUUUUACCCAGGUUCUGACAGACAGCGAGGACGAAGCGAACGGGGAAGCCGAGGUAGCUGCAGGCAAGGACGAGAAAAAGAAGAAACUUAAGAUGAAGUCUUUGUUUUCUACCAAGUCUAACCUGCAGAAGAACAUGUCGCAAUCCAUGUCUGUUCUGCCUGGAAAGAAUUCCUCGCUGAGCGGCAGCCAGUCCUCUGGUCUGAAUGUGGACUCCUCUGAAGGUAAAAAGAAGUUCAAGUUCAUGAUACAUAAACGCUCGGGCAGCUCAGACAGCAAAGAUACCUCUGCUGGUCAACAGAAACAUGGUUCAGGGGAGCAAAGCAACUUGUGCAUCAACGGCAGUCACGUAUACCGUGAAGAGUCGCAGCCUCGGACCACUCGCAUCGGCUCAAACUUCAGUCUGGCCAGUUCAGGUCACGGGUCCAUGGAAGAUGUCCCUGAAAACUCUCCCCCCUCUGUUGAUUCGCUCAGGGCUGUGAGGCAAUAUUCACCCUGGACAGAGGAGGAAGAGGAGGAGGAAGCUGAAGUAGAAAAUAAGAAAAAGGAUAUGGAAGAAAUGAGGAUAAAAGAAGAGAAAGAGGAGAUGGUUAGGAGACAAGAGCUGGAGAGGUUAGCUGAGGAGAGGAGGAGGAAGGAGGAAGAAGAAAGAAAGCAGAUUGAAAAAGAGAAACUUAGGAGGGAGGAGGUGAGAGCUAAAGAAGAGGAGAGGGUUAAGAGAGAGGAAGAAGAGCGUGAGAGAUUAGCAGAAGAAAAGAGAAGACUUGAGGAGCAAGAAAGGAGACGGAUUGAAGAAGAGAAAAUUUGCAGGGAGGAAGAGGAAAAGGCUCAGGAAGAGAGGAGGAGAAAAGAAAAGGAGGAGGAGGAGAGGGUGAGAAGACAAGAGGAAGAUCUUGAAAGAUUAGCAGAAGAGAAGAGGAGACAGGAGGAAGAGGAAAGAAAAAGGAUUGAGGAAGAGAUGGCUAGAAAGGAGGAAGAGGAGAGGGUUAGGAUGGAGGAGGAAAGGGCUCAGGAAGAGAGGAGGAGGAGGAAAGAAAAGGAGGAAGAAGAGGAGAGAAUGAGGAGACAAGAGGAAGAGGAAAGAAAAAGGAUUGAGGAAGAGAAAGCUAGAAAGGAGGAAGAGGAGAGGGUUAGGAUGGAGGAAGAAAGGGCUCAGGAAGAAAGGAGGAGGAAAGAAAAGGAGGAAGAAGAGGAGAGAAUGAGGAGACAAGAGGAAGAGCGUGAAAGAUUAGCAGAAGAGAAGAGGAGACAGGAGGAAGAUGAAAAAAAAAGGAUUGAGGAAGAGAAAGCUAGAAAGGAGGAGAGGAUUAGGAUGGAAGAACAAAGGGCUCAGGAAGAGAGGAGGAGAGAAGAGGAGGAGAGGGUUAGGAGAGAGGAAGAAAAGCGUGAGAGGUUAGCAGCAGAAAAGAUGAGGCUUGAGGAGCAAGAAAAGAGACGAGUUGAAGAAGAAAAAAUACACAGGGAGGAAGAAGAGAAGAUUAGGAUGGAGGAAGAAAGGGCUCAGGAAGAGAGGAGGAGAAAAGAAAAGGAGGAGGAAGAGGAGAGAAUGACGAGACAAGAAGAGCUCGAAAGAUUAGCAAAGGAGAAGGGGAGACAGGAGGAAGAAGAAAGAAAACAGAUUGAAGAAGAAAAAGCUAGAAAGGAGGAAGAGGAGAGGAUUAGGACGGAAGAAGAAAGGGCUCAGGAAGAGAGGAGGAGGAAAGAAAAGGAGGAGAGGGCUGAAGAAGAGAGGGUUAAGAGAGAGGAAGAAGAGCGAGAGAGAUUAGCAGCAGAAAAGAGGAGACUUGAGCAAGAAAGGAGACGGAUUGAAGAAGAAAAAAUUUGCAGGGAGGAAGAGGAGAGGAUUAGGAUGGAAGAGGAACUGGCUCAGGAAGAGAGGAGGAGGAAAGAAAAGGAGGAGGAAGAGGAGAGGAUUAGGAUGGAGGAGGAACUGGCUCAGGAAGAGAGGAGGAGGAAAGAAAAGGAGGAGGAAGAGGAGAGGGUGAGGAGACAAGAGGAAGAGGAAAGAAAAAGGAUUGAGGAAGAGAAGGCUAGAAAGGAGGAAGAGGAACAGAUUAGGAGGGAGGAGGAAAAGGCUCAGGAGGAGAGAAGGACGAAAGAAAAGGAGGAGAGGGUGAGGAGACAAGAGGAAGAGCGGGAAAGAUUAGCAGCAGAAAAGGGGAGACAGGAAGAAGAGAGAAAAAGGAUUGAAGAAGAGAAAGCUAGAAAGGAGGAAGAGGAGAUGAUAAGGAGGGAAAGGGCUCAGGAAGAAAAAAGGAGACAAGAGGAAGAGGGGAGGCAAAGGAGAAGAGACGAGAGGAACAAGAAAAGAGGAGGAUUGAGGAAGAGGAGAGGAUUAGGAGGGAGGAAGAGGGGUUAAUGGGAAAUCAAAGAAAAGAUGGACACAGAGCUAUAGAGAGUCAAAGUCCUGCAGAAGUUACUUCUACUAAUCCAUUUGAAGAAAACCUUUCAAAUAAUCCCUUUGAUGAGAGUCCCGACUCACCUGCGGAA